CUCUCAUCAACCAAACCAAGUGUAAAGCAAACACAAAGCGACAACGUUUCACUCUUCCCCGCCAGUGGCAGUGACCUCAAAGAACACCACCACCAAACCAAACCAAAUCGAAUCCCAAAUUCAAAACCACACAUCACCAAGAAAAAGAACCAUGGCAGAGGAAGAAGAGCAACAACCAUCGAUGAAGCAGGUUACCCCAACCUCAACAGUCGACAUAGACAACGGUCUCACUCUGGUUCCACGCAUCAAGCUCAACCUCACAGUCCACCCAUCCACACCCACCACUCUCACCAACCCAAUCGACCACUGGAAGAUGAAGCGUGCCCUCAUCGAUUUCCUCAACUCCUCACACUCCCUCUCAAUCCCCGAAGAGAAUCUCCAAUUCAAACGCUUCAAAGACCUCAAGAAACGCAAGCGCGACGAUGCCGUUGCCACCGGAACCCUUCACAUCUGGGACCUCACCUUUCUCCCCCAAACCGAAAACGACACUAGUGUUUCACAGUGGAGGAGUCGUUUUGCUGAGAAGGUCAAUGGGACUGAGUUGAAUCUUCAAGGGGUUAGGUUCACGCUUGAGGUUUCUGUUCCUGUUGGUGAUGAUUUUGAUGCUGUGAAGAAGGAUUGGGAGGAGUUUUAUGCGUUUGGGAACCGGGGUUUGAGGCGUGAACCGGAUACGAUUGUCAUCAAGGGUGUGCCGUCGCGGUGGUUUGCUGAGCCUAGAGUUUCUUCUAAGCCUUCCAUGCUUGUUACUCAUACCAUCUUCUCGAAAUUCGGCAAGAUAAGGAAUCUUAAUGUUGCUGAGGACGAUGACUUUGGUAAGGAUGCAAAUGAAGACAGCGGAGACCUCGUUUCAGGGCUUUACUGCAAGAUUGUGGUUCAGUUCGAGAAAUAUAUAGACUUCCAUGAUGCAUUGAGAGUUCUAUGUAGCCGCUCUUUGCAAAAGCAAGGAUCACGAUUAAAGGCUGAUUAUGAGGUUAGUUGGGACAAAGAUGGAUUUUUCCGGUAUUCAAGGACUCAAACUCAAGAGAAGAACAAUGGGGUAUCCAAAAUAGCAACACAACAGAACAGAAGUGAAGCUCCCAGACGACAGUCCUACAAUUCCCGCCAAAGUCCAGAUAGAGUGCGCCCAAGGAGAUUCCAGGAGUAACGACUUGAGACCUUUUUGUUUGUUGGGAUAGAGACUCAAAUGCAUUUAUGUUGUGGACUGAACUAAGGAGUUUAGACUCGUAGAUUGUUUAUCAGUAUAUGGGGACAGCAUGCAAAUUCUUGGCUUUCAUUGACUUGGGCCUUUUGAGAUCUACUCAAGCUGUAAUCUUAAUAACGAUGUAAUUCAAUGUUUUAAUUAUGAUUUGUGUCUCAUUAAAACAUUUCUCUAUUUUCCUGAUUGA